AAGUUGUAAAUGCUCCAACACUGGAAAUAUUUAAGAAAACGUUGGAUAACCAUUUGUCUGAAAUGGUUUAGGGUUUCCUGCCUUGGCAGGGAGUUGGACUAGAAGACCUCCAAGGUCUCUUCCAACUCUGUUGUUCUUGUUGUUGUUGUUAUUAUUAUUAGGUCCCUUCCAACUUUGUUAUUCUGUUAACAUAAUAAAAAAAAAUAAUGAUCUUGCAACCGCCUUAGGUACAGAGGAACAACCUGGUUUUCAGCUUUAUGUCGCUAGAUGGCGCACUAUAGAUAAAGCAACGCCCGCGCUAGACGACUGUCACAGCAAAUAUAGAGCAUCGGUAACGGACGCCGAAGGAGUUGAAACAUUCGAAUAUUAGAUUGCUAGAGAGGACUUGGAGGAGUACAGCAGAGGAACUUCCUUUUCCGGCUCUCCGCUGAGAAAAUCGAGGCGUGGAGGGCGGCUCUCCCGGUCUUCCCAGGGUCGAAGUAGCGGCUGAAAGAAAAAGAGGAUGCCAAUAAGAGCACUCCAGACAACUGAGAAUAACAAGCAACUUUGAAGAAGGAAGCAAAUCAAUCCAGAAAUCAAAAUAUUUUCCAUUUCCUUUGGAAAAAUAUACAAUUAUUCUCCUUCUCCAGAAGGUGAUCGACAAAAGAGAGAAAAUCAAGAGAGAUUUCAAGCUGGAAUAAAUAGAGUACAAGGAACAGAAGGAAGCAUUACAUGAAAAGUCAAGGGAGAUUAUUAUUCCAUUUAGAAAAAAAGUGAAAUAUCUGGAAGUCAGUGGGGAGGAAAAGGUCAAUUGGGAAGCCACAUAGGGCAGACAGUAAUGGAGGCUUUACCCUGUGAGGAAGAAAACAGUAGCUGUAAUCAAAGCAACAAGGAUCAAAUCCAACAAGGAUCACGCAUAUUUUUGACCUCUUCAAGAAUAUCAGUAUUGAAAAAGGUGCACAGAUCUGCCUAUUAUGGGAAAAGAACAGAUUGCAAAUCAGAGCUCAUUGUGGACAACACGAUCGACUCUGGAGAACAACCAUACAAUUUAUCUGAAUGUGAUAAAAUAUUUGGUCAGAACAGCUCCCUUGUGGAUCAUGGAAGGACCCACACAGGAGAGAUGCCCUACAAGUGCUCUGAAUGUGGUAAAUGCUUUAGCGAAAAUGGCAAAUUGGAGAUGCAUCAGAAGAUUCACAUCAGGGAGAAACUCUAUGACUGUCCUAUUUGUGGGAAAAGUUUUAUGGCGAAUUCCCACCUAGUGAUACACCAGAAGACUCACAUUGGAGAGAAACCCUUUGAAUGUCCUGAUUGUGGGAAACAUUUCAGUCAGAAAUCUAGCAUGAUGAAACACCAGAGGACUCACACAGAAGAGAAACCAUUUGAAUACCCUGGUUGUAGUAAAAGUUUUGAUCCAAAUUCCCACCUGGUGAUAUACCACAGGACGUACACAGGAAAGAAAUCAUAUGUGUGUCCUGAUUGUGGGAAAAGUUUUACAGCAAAUUCCCACCUGGUGAUACACCAGAGGACUCACACAGGAGAGAAACCUUUUGAAUGUCCUGUUUGUGGGAAACGUUUCAGACAGAAAUAUAGCAUGAUGAAACACCAGAGGAUUCACACAGAAGAGAAACCAUUUGAAUACCCUGAUUGUAGUAAAAGUUUUGAUCCAAAUUCCCACCUGAUGAUACACCGCAGGCCAUACACAGGAAAGAAAUCAUACAUUUGUCCUGAUUGUGGGAAAGGAUUCAUUGCAAAUUCCCACCUGGUGAUACACCAGAGGACUCACACAGGAGAGAAACCUUUUGCAUGUGCUGAUUGUGGGAAACGUUUCAGUCAGAAUUCCAGCCUGUUGAAACACCAAAGGACUCACACGGGAGAGAAACCAUUUGAAUGUCCUGAUUGUGGAAAAAGUUUCAGUUUGAAUUCCAAUCUGGUAAUACACCAGAGGAUUCACACAGGAGAGAAACCCUUUGAAUGUCCUGAUUGUGGGAAAAGUUUCAGUCAGAAUUCCCAUUUGGUGAUUCACCAGAGGACUCACACAGGAGAAAAACCAUAUGAAUGUCUUGAUUGUGGGAAAUGUUUCAGUAAGAAUUCCAACCUGGUGAAACACCAGAGGAUUCACACAAGAGAGAAACCUUUUGAAUGUUCAGAUUGUGAAAAAAGUUUCAGUCUGAAUUCCGACCUGGUGAUACACCAGAGGAUUCACAGAGGAGAAAAACCCUACGAAUGUCCAGAGUGUGGGAAAACUUUCAGUUACCGUUCUGAUCUGAUGAAACACCAGAGGACUCACACAGGAGAAAAACCGUAUGAGUGUCUAGAGUGUGGUAAAUGUUUCAGUUACAGUUCUGACCUGGUGAAACACCAAAGGACACACACAGGAGAGAAACCCUUUGAAUGUCCCGAUUGUGGGAAAACUUUCAGUCAAAAUUCCAACCUGGUGAAACAUCAGAGGACUCACACAGGAGAGAAACCCUUUGAAUGUCAUGAUUGUGGAAAAACUUUCAGUCUGAAUUUCAACCUGGUGAAACACCAGAGGACUCACACAGGAGAUAAGCCGUAUGAAUGCCCGGAUUGUGGAAAAAGCUUCAGUCACUGUUCUGACCUGGCAAUACACCAGAGGAGUCACACAGGAGAGAAACCCUUUGAAUGUCCUGAUUGUGGCAAAGGUUUCAGUCAGAAUUCCAACCUGGUGAGACACCAGAGGAUUCACACAGGAGAGAAACCCUUUGAAUGUCCUGAUUGUGGAAAACUUUUCAGUCAGAAUUCCAGCCUGGUGAUUCACCAGAGGACACACACAGGAGAGAAACCGUAUGAAUGUCCGGAUUGUGGGAAAGAUUUUAGUAGUAGGUCUAGUCUUCUAAGUCAUGUAGGUUUACACACAGGGGAGAAACCUUUCAGAUGUCCAGUCUGUGGACGGUACUUCAGGCAUAAAUCGUCCUUUAUUGCACACAAGGAAAUCCAUAUGAGGCAAACAUUGAUGAAUUUAGAAAAGGCUUAAAUUUCAUUUCUGAUUUCCAAUUGGGAGUAUAGGUAGUAAAUUGACUAUUUGAAUUCUGGCCUAAUUCCUUUUAGUCAACAUCUCUUAGGAUUAGAUAGAGGAAAAAAACUGAAAAUUUUACUUUCAUAAAAGCUAACUCCUGUUUCACUUUUCAGCAAAAGUACUGUUAUGAUUCCUUUUGCAGAAGUUGUGGAAUUCCUCAAAAAGGGUUUUCCGUAAUGUUUUAUUGUAUACUGAUUUUGGAAUUUCCACAUGUCAAAUUUCAGCCUUCUUUCUUGGUGUCCUACAUAUUUUGAGCCCCACAAUUCCCAAGCCAGCAUAGAAUUAGUCCUAGACAUAUAAAUGUAAUUGGAGCUGCCAAUUAUGGUAGCAUUUUGCAAUGGUUGUUAAGCAAGAGUGCUUUGGUUAAUUACUCAAGUCCCUGAUCUCCGUGAUGCAGCCAUUAAACAAAUGUGCAAGUUGCUAAGCAGAACACUGGCUACCUCAGGGUUGUGGGAACUUCUUCGAGGUCUGCCUUACCCUCAGAGACACCCUGUGCUCCGAUUCCCAACUCUUGGUCACCUCCAUGCUUUUUCCACCCUAAAAGGCUCCCACCAGGUCUUUCCUUCCCCCACUGUCCCCUCUCAGGCAUUUUCCCAUUUCCUCUGGCUCCCUGAAGGCCUUAGGCCAUUCCACACAAAUGGCUGUCCAAUCUCCUCUUAAAAAUCUCCACUGGAGGCAAGGCGUUCCACUGAUUAACUGUUCUCACUGUCAGGCAGUUUCUCCUUAAUUCUAGGUUGUUGUUUUUUUUAUUUGCAUUUAUAUCCCGCCCUUCUCCGAAGACUCAGGGCAGCUUACACUAUGUCAAGCAAUAGUCUUCAUCCAUUUGUAUAUUAUAUACAAAGUCAACUUUUAUUGCCCCCAACAAUCUGGGUCCUCAUUUUACCUACCUUAUAAAGGAUGGAAGGCUGAGUCAACCUUGGGCCUGGUGGGACUAGAACCUGCAGUAAUUGCAAGCAGCUGCUGUUAAUAACAGACUGCAUUAGCCUGUUGAGCCACCAGAGGCCCUUAAUUCUAGGUUGGGUCUCUUUGAUAAAUCUCCCUCUGUUAACUUAUUGUCCAUCUCUCGGGUGCUUUAGAGAAUAGAUAGACCCCCCCCUCUUUUCUGUGUCAUCCAUUCAAAUAUUGAAAGACUACUAAUCACCCUUAUAGCCCUUCUCUGUAGUAGAUUAGACAUAUCCAGUUCCUGCAGCUGUUCCAUCUUGUUUUACCGCCCACCCCACAGUCAUCUUUGUUGCUCUUCUCUGCUCUGUUUUUAGAGCCUCAACAUCUUUUCUGUAUCAUGGUGCCCAAACAUGGAUGCAAUAUUCCAAGUGUAGUCUUACCAGUGCAAUAUAAUGCAGUACGGACACUUCAUGUGAUAUUGAUACCAUCCCACUGUUGAUGCAGGUUAGGGCCGCAUUGGCUUUUUCUGCAGCUGCAGCCACACUGCUGUCUCAUAUUUAGGUAGUUGUCCAUUAGGACUCAUAGAUCCCUCUCAGUUACUGCUGUUGAGCGAGGUCAAAGUCAAGGUCCUUUUUUAAAACUGGAGAGCUAUAUGGGAGCCAAAUAUUCAUCUGAAUGUUCAUACUUUCUUUUUCCUGUAUUCUAUGCCAAGGAACUUUUUAAAGUUAUUUUUAAUUCAGUGCUUCAUUCUGUGGGAACAUUUGUAGGGAAUGCCCUUGGCUUAUUAAAACUUACUAAGCAGUUUUACAUUAAAAAUGAUUGAUCCGAA